AUGGAGUUGGAGUUGCCUGAUCGUUUAUACGGUGAGGGAUUGGAACCUCAGGUUAAGAAGAUUAAUAACAGCUGCCGACUAAAACUUCUCGAGUUGCUGAAGGAAAAAAUGGAGCCCGAAUUCGAUGAAGUUAUGAAAGAUCCCAUUUUUUCACAGAUUAUGGUUAUCCAGAAGAAUGAUCUAAAGUUUUCGGCGAUGUUGGUACACUCUUUCUUGUGUAAGGAGUUGAUGACAAGCAAGAGACAUGAGAAGUGGUUCACUUUCGCUAGGAGACCUCUGCGUUUUGGAUUGCAACAGUAUCAUGCUGUCACUGGUCUGAAAGUGAAGCGAGAGAAUAACAGUGGGUUAGUGACAUGGAAAGAUGAUGAUGGUUUUUGGAGCAAGCAGAUAAAGACAAAUGGAAAAAUAAAUUUGCAGAUCAUAAAAAAGAAGCAUUUGGAAGAGAGCAAUACCUGGACUUGGGUUGAUAGGGUGAGACUGAUAUAUCUUUGCGUUAUUAUGGGUGUGGUGAUGGGGAAGGAUGAGAAGGUGAAUAUCCCUCAUCAGUACAUGAAGUUGGCGAUGGAUUUGGAGAAGCUUCGGAAUUACCCAUGGGGUCUGUAUUCGUUUGAUUUCCUUCUGAAGCAAAUUGAUAAAACAAGGCAUAAAUUGGAGCAGAAAGAGGGGUAUCUGAUGGAAGGAUUCUUGUUUGGUUUCCAAAUUUGGAUAAUGGAAGCUGUUCCUGCUUUAGGAGAGAUUUGUGGCACAAAAGGGAUUUUGCAUUCAUUCAUGGAAUCCAACAUAGAUGGAGUAGUCCUUUUGGCAACUGAUUUUGUACAGAAGGAUGAGAAGAAGGAUGAAAGAGUAGAUCACAUUUUGGAUAUGAUCAAUAGCAAACAUGAUUGGAACAAUCAUGUUUGGGGAGUAAAAGAAGUUACGAACUCUGAAUUUAAGGAAUCUGGCGAAGAGAAAGGAGAGGAUCAAACAGCUGAUACUGAGAGAGGUGAAAAUAGUCAUGUUGCAGGGAAUGUUGAUGGCACAGCUGAUGUUUCGGGAAGAAACAAGAGAAAGAAUGCAGACCGAGGAGCAGAGUCAAGGAAGAAGAAUGUUUUGUGCCACCUAGCUGCUUCAUCAAAAGGGAAUAUUGACACAUAUAUGAAAAACUUCUUGGAGGAUCUGGUACAAGCUUUUUUUACUACUUUUGGGGAGAAAUUCUGUCAGCAGUUCUCGGACAGGUUGGGAAAGAUUGAGACUGAGGUUACACAACUCAGGACAGCUUCGGAGAGAACUGAGCAAUUUAAGACAGUUGUAACCGACAGAUUGGGGAAAAUUGAGGCUGAGGUUACACAGCUCAGGACAACUUUAGUGGUGACUGAAUUGGUGGGAAAGAGUGAUCAAGCAAGCGGUCCUAGCAUGACCAAAAUCAACAGUGGUCCUAGCACCAGCAAAAAAGGCACUGCUCCAUCAAAGAAAAAGGCUGUAAAAAACCAAGAGUUAAAGACUGCUGAUUCGUGUGUCAAUUUACCUCGUGCAAAAGUUACUCAAUCAUCAGCUAGUGAUCUUCGUAUGGCUAAAGUCGAAGAUUCAUUGGAUUGGUUGGAACUUCCAAAAUCAUUGAAGAAGCCAACAGAUUCAUUGGAACUUCUAAAAUCAUUGAAGAAGCCAGCGGUCCGAUUAGAUGACCGAGAUAUAGAGCUAGACGGCGAAGAUUUCCCUGAUCGCUGCUUGGUGUUUGUGCAUCCUGCAGAUUUUAAGAAGAUGCAGGACUGGCAAAAUACACGAACAGCUAUACAGAUUGGUCCUUCUAUGUUAGACGGUGAUCUAGCCGGACGUAUUAUGUCUGCCAGCAGUUGGCUUAAAAACUACAUAAGCAUUCAACCGGAAAUUGAUGCUAUAAUGUAUGUUUUUCGGGAAAGAACAACAUUGAAACGAUGGAACGUAGACCGUGUUGCUUUCAUGACAUGCGUCUUCAGCGACCUCAUUGCUAAGGAUUACCAGAAUUUCUGUAAGGGUAUUAAGAAAUACACCAUGGAUCCAUUAUUACUUCAAUACGGUAAAGGUGAACUGCCUUCCCAUGGAAGAACACGGAUGUUGUGGAAUGUCGAUGUGGAUCGGAUGUACGUUCCUGUCUGGGUCAAUUGCAACCAUUGGAUUGCUUUAUGCAUCAGUUUUGUGACUAGGAAUAUCCAGGUGUUUGAUUGCGGGGGUAAAAAAAAAAUCAAGGAAGUGGAAGCUUUCGCGCAGCUUAUUCCUCGGAUUGUCAAGGCUGUGCAGUCAUUGACAAUACAGAAGCAUCUCCACAUCACUCCGUACAAUGUUUCCUAUGUACCUAUGAGUGGUCUUAACCGACUUCAAUGUCAUUGUGGUGUGUACACUAUAAAACACAUCGAAUGCCACGUGCUUGGGUUGGACAUAUCUAUGGUGAGUGAUGAGAACAUUUGGGGAGCUCGGAUAAAGAUUAUGUGGGAUCUAUGGGAAGCAGCUAAUGAUCUAGAACUGAUUGAGAGAAUGUCAAAGUAUGAGCCUAUUAAGUGUAGUAAGCCUGCCGAGUAUGUUGAGAUUGAUGAUUUAUGA